AUGUCCACCAAAUCCUUGCUCGUCGCUCUCGUCAUGGGCUCAACUGCCUUCGCCAUGCCUGCCCCAAGUGAAGCCAACGACGCCACAAAGCGAGCCAUCUUCGCUGGGAAAGGGGGCGGUGUUGGCGGUCUUGAAAAUGGGGGCUUAGACAGUAUCAUGUCGCAGUUCUGUGACGGUAUAAAGGGGCUGGGAGUUGGGGGUGGCGGACAAGGCCAAGGGGGACAGGGACAGGGACAAGGCAGCCAGGGACAAGGCGGCCAGGGACAAGGUGGUCAGGGGCAAGGUGUGGGUGGGUUUGAGGGGAUGUGUCAGCAGUACUUGGGAGGAAAGCAGGGUGGGGGACAGCAAGGCGGUGGACAAGUGCUGGUAAAGGAGGAGGUGCUGGCCAAGGAGAUGCCGGUCAAGGGGGAGGUGCCGGUCAAGGGGGAGGCGCUGGCCAAGGAGGAGGUGCUGGUCAAGAAGGAGGUGUUGGUCAAGGAGGAGGUGCUGGUAAAGGAGGCGCUGGUCAAGGAGGAGGCGCUGGUCAAGAAGGGGGCGCUGGAAAAGGAGGAGGCGCUGGUCAAGAAGGGGGCGCUGGUCAAGGAGGUGUUAGUCAAGGAGGAGGCGCUGGCCAAGAAGGGGGAGCCGGUAAAGGAGGAGGCGCUGGCCAAGAAGGGGGAGCUGGUAAAGGAGGAGGCGCUGGUCAAGGAGGCGCUGGUCAAGAAGGGGGAGCUGGUAAAGGAGGAGGCGCUGGCCAAGAAGGGGGAGCUGGUAAAGGAGGAGGUGCUGGUCAAGGAGGAGGCGCUGGCCAAGAAGGGGGAGCUGGUAAAGGAGGAGCCGCUGGUCAAGGAGGUGCUGGUCAAGAAGGGGGAGCUGGUAAAGGAGGAGGCGCUGGCCAAGAAGGGGGAGCUGGUAAAGGAGGAGGUGCUGGUCAAGGAGGAGGCGCUGGCCAAGAAGGGGGAGCUGGUAAAGGAGGAGGCGCUGGUCAAGGAGGAGGCGCUGGCCAAGAAGGGGGAGCUGGUAAAGGAGGAGGCGCUGGUCAAGGAGGAGGCGCUGGCCAAGAAGGGGGAGCUGGUAAAGGAGGAGGCGCUGGUCAAGAAGGUGUCGGGGCGGGGGUUGGCGGUGCUGGAGAAGGUGGUGCUGAAGGAAUCUGAUAUCAUCAGUCUUCUGUUUACUAUAAUCUUCUCUCCACCCUGCCUUAAGUUUAACAAAUCUCUUGCGUAG